AUGCCAAGAAAACGAAAAAUAGUUGCUGAUGAUGUGAGUUUCCAUUUAUUUCUUUGUUUUUUUUGAAAAAUAAAAAUGUUUUUCAGAGCUGGCGUGAAGACGAUUCAUUAAUUGGAUGGUUUGAUUUGCCACUUGAGAUGAGAGAAAUGGUAAUUAAUAAAAUGGAUAUCAAAACACGUUGCAAAUUCAUGCAAUGUUCGAAAAAAUGUGAAGAAGAAGUGGAAAUAUCGAAGAAUUUCUUGACAACCAUCAAAAUCCUUGCGUGUCCAUUAUUAGGAAUGAAAAUUGGAUUUGGUGAACCACUUGAUGAGGAUAUGCCAAAAUAUGAUUAUUGUUUGGAAUUCAAACAUGUUUUUGGAUUGGAUGAACCUCGAACGGAUGUUGUUUAUUAUUGUAACAUGUGAGUGUCAUGAUAAUUUAUCCAAAAAUUGAAAAUUCCCUAAUUUCAGUGUUUUGGAAAAAUAUGAGGACGAAAGUUAUCAACUUUACAAAAAAGAUGUAAAAUGGACGAAAACGGAAUAUGGAGAACCUAAAGAAGUUAGAAUGAAAUAUCUGAAAGAAUUGAUGAAAAAAUAUUGGAAAACAAUUGAAAGAUUCGAAAUUCAUGUAAGAUAGUACAUGGUGACCCAUAAUUAUUGUCGCGUGAGUUGAACUCGUUCAUUAGAGUUAUUCAUUUUCAAGAUACAAUUAGACAAAGUUUGAUUUUGAUAAAUUUUCCAACCUUAACUUUGUCAAAAUUCGAAAUUUUGUUUUAUCUACUGACGUUCAAAGUGGUGACAAUAAUUAUGGGUCACCCUGUGUUUCGAGAUUUCACGACAAGAACAUUUAAUUUCAGGAUAGACGCUUUGACUCAAAUUUUGAUAUAAAACAAUUGAAGAAUCUGAAAUGUUUGAUAAGUUGCAAUGAUGUUAGAGAAAAUGGAUUAAUGGAUAUAUCACAAAUCUAUAAACUUAAGGAAUGUUAUACGAAUUCGACGGAAUUCACAUUUGAAGAAGUUUUGCAUUUUGAAGGUACUGAUUAUCUAAUCAAAUCGGAUUGUUUUAAUCAAGAAAACUUUGAAAUGUAUCUGAAGAUGGUGAAAAAUGGAGAAGUGCACAGAAAUUUGAAAUAUCUUCGUGUUUCUUCGAACAUUUCUUCGCGAAACAAUUUAAAUUCUAAAAAACUCGCUAAAACUCUCGAUGCCUUUGACUUUUUUGGGGAAAAUGAUAAAUUGUAAGUUAAGAUUUUUAUGAUAUUAAAAUAAUUAUCUAUCUAUUUCAGAUUCCAAUUCAAUUUUGUUCUCGAAAAAAGUUAUCCGAAAUCGAUCUGUUUUGUUGUUCAUUACGAGUACAGUUUUGUUGUUAAAAUUUCAUCAGAUUAUUAUGACGGAAUUAUCGAAUAUCAUACCCCUUUGGAUUUUUAA